GUUAAAGGUAAACUGCGCCUAGACGGAAACAAGCUGUGUGGCCUUACAGCCCAAGGUUUGCAGCUGCUGCAGAAUGAUGGGAUCAGGUAAUGGUCGUAGAGGAAUGAAGUCACCACCUAUUCUUAUAGCUGUCCUGUUGGCAUGUAUUUUUGUUUUAACAAUAAACUACUGGAUCACAAGCUCACGAUGUGCCGAACUGCAGAGACAAUUGGCAGAACUGGAGAGCAGAAUGCAUAGGGUAGCUGCAGAACGUGGAGCAGUUGAACUGAAAAAGAAUGAAUUCCAGGACAAGCUGGAAAGACAGAAGAAACAGAUUGACACCAUCCAGUCCUUGCAUAACUCUCAGUUGCAAAAUACAAAUGAGGCGUGCCACAAUGAAAAAGAGACAUUACUAGAUACCAUAGUAGAGAAAGAAAAGGUUAUGCAGGAUCUAUACGUUCAGAUCAAGUCUCAAGAACAAAGCCUGUCGAAAGUAAAGCUUGACUUUGAACAACUACAGGAGAGCCAAGCUAAGAAAUCCACAUUCGAGUUAGCCCAGUGCAGCUCUAAAAUGAAGGAACUCAAUGAGCAGUGUGAGGAGAAGUUGCGCAGAGCCUCAGGAAAAGGUGGAACUGUAGCACAAGAAGAAAAUGCUGAUACCCAAAAGACUCAGAAACCCAAGACAAUUCUUCUAAAAGAUCUUAUACAAAAACAAGAAAAACAGAAUCCUUUACAGAAUAUCCAGAAACAACCUUCUUCUCCAGUUAAAGAAGAGACAAACGAUAAACCCGGGGCAAUCCCAAACCCCGACCUAAAGCAGGAGCCAGCAAAGGACUCCAUAACAGAUGAGCUGGCAAAUAAAUUGAAAGGGGAGGCUGAGGAGGAGGAGGAAUCCUUAAAGCUCAAAGAUGCAGCGGCACAAGAAAACAAAGUGAAGGAGGAAGAAAAUGACGAAGAAGUGGAAAGGGAGCAUCUGCUCAACAUAGAAGAUCCACAAGAGGAUGCAACAGAUGAAAAACAAGCUCCAAAUCCGGUUAAGCAGGGUGCAGAGCAGGGUCCACUGAAUGAUUACAAUGGGGAUGAAGGGAAUGAAGCGGAGCCGGAGGCAGACAAACAGGCUGAACUUGCAGAUGAUCAGAAUGUAAAUGAGGAUAAUCCAGCACAAGAGAAGAGACCUGAUCAAGAAGCUAAUCUUCCACGUCCAGACGCUCCAGGUCUUCCCAAGCUUGCAAAUGCUCCAAACCUGCUAAAACUUCCAAAUGCUCCUGUGGCUCCUGGAGAAGUUGACAAUGAGCAUAUUCCACUCCUUAAGAAAUAAAGGCACGCACAUUCUGAUAUUCUUUGGGGAUUCUCAUGAGGUGCAGUAGCACAGCAGUGUGGGCUUUGGCAACAGGGAUGAAAUCAAGGGGACCAGAUGAAGUAGAAAAAUGCAGAUGUAUGCAUGAGAGACAAGUAAAACUUCAAUCAUUUUCCAAAUUAUGACAUUUUAAUGUUUUUUUUUUUUUUUAAAUUGUAAUUGUAAAGCCAUGUCAGCAACUGGGCGAAGGGUGAAGAAAUGAAGAACAAUUGUCACGGCUGAGACUGCACAGUGAUAUCCCAUCAGUACUGGCGCAUUGCCAGGGGGCAGCUCAUUGCAAUAAUAAGCGUGUCGUUUACAAAGGAUCUGUUCUGCUGGGUAUAGUGAGAUUGUAAUCAUUAGGUGUGUGUGUGUCUAAGCUUAAAGUUGUGGGGUUUUUCUGUUUGAUUUUUGCAUACCUGACGGAUUUUUGGAACUUCCCAGAUCCGUGUGCUCAGGGCUGCCAUUAUAUAUCACGGGGCCCCGUACAACACUUUCGGGGUCCCCUGGGCUCCACACCAGACCCCGCCCACUCCACAUCACUGUUUAAAGACCACACAGACAUCAGCGCUAAAAAAGUAACCCCCCACACACACGUUAUAAAAAGCUAUUGAUGGUCAGGGCCCCCUUAUAAGUUUAAAAAAAAAAAA